AUUCCUUCAGACAGGAAAAGAUUUCUUUGGUAAGAAAUUACGAAAACGAAAAAGCAAGAGCUGUAGAAGAAGUAACAAAAAUGAGAGAGGCUUGCGAGAAAAAACUUCAAGUACAAACAGACACAACGAGAAAACUUGAAGAGAAAAUUCAGCGGUUAGAAGACCAAAUAUCGGCGAACGUUGGGCCCCAGAGUAGAGGCUUAAACGGGACAUCGUCUUCCCAUGCUUUAAACUCAUAUGGUAUAUCAGGGGAUUUUAGAAGCCAGGAUGUUCAUUCUAAAGAUGACAAAUUAAAACAAGAAGUUGAAAACCUAGAGGCAAUGCUACGAGAUGUCAAUAAAAAGCAUGCAGAUGACCUCAGGAACCUUGAAGCACAAAAGCGACGAAUGUCAGAAGAGUUUCAGAGAGAAAAACAGUCGUUAGAAGAUUACUUUGAAAAGGAAAACAGCAGUCUACAAAAGCGGCUUCGAGACGUUGAGUCUAGCAUCCGGGGGGGAGAUGCAAGGUCGGCAAAUGCCCCAGGAGCAUAUGGAAAUGAUAGCAAUGUCAAAAACACAGUCUGGGGGCCACUAUCAACCAGUGGAAUAAGGGAUAACGGAGCAAGGGAUACAAUGGCUUUCGAAUCCAGUAUUACGAGAAGAGAAAACUAUAAUGGACAGUCUAGGGAAGGGGAGCCAGAGACUACAAUUCAAGAAAUGGAGAGAAGAUUCAACGAAGAAAAGAGAGAAAUUUUAAAUCGUGCCUCAAGGGAAAAGGCAAAGUUAGAGGACGAGGUGAGAGAGGCCAAAGAGAAGCUCACAGGCUAUCGUCGUUUGCUUGAAGACGAAAUAGACGACUUGAAGAGAAAACACAGAAAAGAACAAGACUUUCUUAGUGACAAGCUGUUCAAAGAAAGGGCCGACUUCGAGGAAAGACUUCGCACUGCGGAACGGAAUGGUUCGAAAGCUAUGGUUGGCGUGUCACCCACACAGAGGAACCGAUAUGAUUUUGACGAUGAUACUCGGAUGUCAAGGCAAAAUUGGUUAGUUGAACAGGGCAAUCAAAGUGGUUUUGAUGCUGUUGUUGGCACACAGAAGAAUCAAUACAGUUUUAACGAAGAAAGCAGGAUGCCAAGACAAGGAAAUGUUUUCCAGGUUGAGCAUGGAAAUCAAAAUGCUUCUGGCAACAUGGCUGAUAUGUCGGUUCCACAAAGAAAGCAAUAUGGUACGGACGAUAAUGAGAGAAUGCGUAGGAGGGGGCAAAAUUUCCAAGGUGAACUGAGAGAUCAACAUUCAAAGUUUGAGGAGGAAAAAAGAGAAUUGCAACACCAGAUGCAAAGCGAGAAAAGGAAGCUAAUGGAAACAAUACAUGCUCUCACAAAGGAAGUCAAUGCUCUUAAAUGCGAGAAACAACAAUUAAAGAACUGUUACAAAAAGGAAGUGGAGAAGCUUACCAGAAUUCAUGAGGUAGAAAAGAACAAUUUGCGCGAUAGAGUUGCAAGAGAUAAAGAUGACGAACUAUCUCGGAUAAGAGAAGAUAACGAAGGACGGUUGGCUUCUGAAAGGAAAAGAUUACAAGGAACAAUCGAUGAAUUUAGACGAAAGAUGUCAUUAACGGAACGGAAGUUCAAAGAAAUGGAAAUGCAACACAAGAGUGAGAAAACGCGAUACCUGGAAGAAAAGCGCAAUGCCGAAAAGACCCUCAUCCAAAGCCAGGAAGAGUUAAAGAUGAUAAUGGAACGGGAAUACAGAAAAACGUUGAAUGAUGAAAAACAAAAAUUUGAGCAAACAGUAAAGGCCUUAACAAAGCAAAUCUCUUUCUUGCAAGAUCAGAGAAAAGAAAUUCAGGAAAAGUUGCUAAAGAACGAGUUGUCGGGAAAUUCCAGUCCAAGAACAGAGCAGUUGUCAAGAAACAGAGUAGUAAUUCAAAUGGAACAAGAGUUCUUCGAGCGAGUAGAUCGCGAGAAACGCCCAAUGGAGGAGAAGAUUAGAGAACUUCAGCAAGAAAUUAAUAAACUGAAGAGAGAAAGAACUGAAUUGAAAGAAACUCUUGAAAACGAAAAACAAGAGCUUGAAGACGAAUUGGAGAAAAUACAACUGGAGAUGAAACGAAAGCUUAGCAAAGCGAGGGAAGAAAUGGAGAAAAGAACUGAUGUUAUUGGGAAACAUAUGAUGGCAAACACAAUUAAAAAUGCUUUGGCUAGCUCUGAGAUAUCCCAUCAGUCAUCACAAUCCGACGUUCGACAGUAUAAAGACCAAAUUAACUUAAUGGAGCAAAGGAACAUGACACUUCAGGCCAAAACGGAGAGGCUUGAGAGAGAACUCAGAGUUAUGGGAGACAGACUGAGGACUUUGGAAACACGUAACAAGGAUUUGGAGGCGGCUACUAGGGAGGAGUGGGUGAGGCACUUUAGCAUAAGCAGAAACGAUGUGCUACGGUCAAAUCUAGGAUACUACGGAGAGUCAGAUAUCAGAGGAGCUAACGACUUUUCACUUGGUCCAAACAUUGGUAGCAUGAGAUCUGAGAGCAGGGUGUUUCAGCCAAACCUUUCUCCCAUAUUUAACACAACAAAUGGCCAGUCUUUGAUAGGUACUGGACAAUCGUAUGGCGAUAUACUAGAAAGGGUUCGAUACACCAUGCACGCAACAGGAAGCAUUUCGGAUGCACUUGGAAGGCCAUUGGCAGGCUCUGGUGGACUAUCCAGCGGAGGAGUCGUUGGAGGCACGGGUACUGGCCAGCGGCAAAUUAGCAAGAAAAUAACCGAGAUGUCUGGAGUCGAAAUUCAUGAGUCACAACCAAUAGAUGGUUGGGGAGGUCCUUACUACGUAGAGCCUACUAACUACUCUGUGGUCACCAACGAAAUGCCAAUGGAAGACCAAGGGGGAACUUGGGACAUGGAGGUCGUGGGAACAAUUCCAAUGGAUAACAGUGCAGAAGUAGAGUCCCUCAAGCAAAGGAUAAAAACGCUGGAAGGAGAGAAGAAAGCCCUUAACGAUAUGUACCAAAAAUCUGUCACCGAAUAUGAACUUAACAAAACAAAGAUCAUCCAGGAUUACGAAGUCAAACUCGGGCAACUUAAAAUAGAGAGAGACGAUUGGCAGAAAAAGUACAAUGAGUCCCAAAGAGAAGUUCAACGACUCAAACAGAAAAUUUCCGCCAUGGAGAUAGAGAAUCUUAGAAUGAUUGAAGAUGUAAAGAGAGAGCUCACGAACAAGUGCAAGAUGGAGAAGGGAGAGAUGGAGGCAAGGUUUUCGAGCGAAAAAGAUGAAAUGCAAGAUAAUUUCGAGGAACAGAUACAGAUUCUGCGAGCGGAAAACGAGGCCUUGUUGCAGACAUAUCAGAAGAGCACAAAGGAAUAUGAGAUCAAGAUAGUGCAGAUUCAGCAAGAUUACGAAACGAAGCUAGGGCAACUAAAAAUCGACAAAGAAAAAUUAGAAAAGAAAAAUGCUAGCCUCACUACACAGGUAACAACACUGCGCGAGAAAUGCUCUGCUCUUGAAAAGCAAUACGAAGAAAUGCUGGCCAACUUGAGAAUUGAGCUUACGGAAAAGUUCCAAGCAGAAAAGGGUGAGAUGGAAGCUGCGUGCACAAAAGAGAAAGAGUCGCUUAUAGCAGCACACGAAAAGGCUCUAGAAGAAUACGAGGCUAAGAUAACUUCUAUCACUCAGCAAUACGAAGAACAGUUAGAACAACUCAAAACUCAGAAGGAUAAAUUUGAGGCAAGUUACAAUAGUUCUUUGGAGGAAAUAGCAGAGUUGAAGAGGAGGUGCAAAGAGCUUGAAGAAAACCACAACUUAUUGAUGAAGGAACUUCAGGAUAAGCUAAAGAUGGAGUACAUACAGAAGGAGAAUGAUAUGGAAAACGAGUUCGAUACAGAAAAGCAAGAAUUGAUCGCCAAAUACAAGAAACUCAUCCAGCAAAGUGAAGUCCGAAUCCAAGAAAUAAGAAAGGAAAACAAGUUGGCUAUUACGAAAUUGGAGGCAGAGAAAACACAGUUAAUAGAUAAACAUGCUGCGGAAAUUGAAUCGUGGCAGGAGAAGCUUACGACCCUUGAACAAAAGGACAAAGAAGACAUGAAAGUUCUGGAGCAAGAGCUGUUAGAAAAAUUGGAAAAAGAGAAAGACGAGAUUGAAGCAAACUUUAUGAAAGAGCGAGAAGAACUGAUUGAAGGUCAUAAGAUGGAGAUCAAAGCUUAUGAAACCAAAAUCACUAGCAUGCAGCAAGAAUACGAAGUUAAGAUAGCUCAGAUAGAGAAAGAAAAGGAACGACUGGAAGAGACCAAUAGAACCAACAUCGAAAAACUGGAACAAGAAAUACUGGCAUUGAAACAGGGUCAUGAGAAACAACUGAAAGAUGCGAAAGACGAGAUGACGGAAAAAUUCAAUAAAGAAAAGAGUGAAAUGGAAGAAACAUUGGCCAAAGAAAAGACUACCUUGAUAGAAUCACACAAUGCAGUGGUAAAGGAAUACGAAGAAAAGAUUGUCAUUCUCCAAGAAGAACUGGAUGCAAAAGUCGAGGAGAUGGAAAAUGAAUGGAAGAGCUUAAAGGAGUCACACCAGAAAGCAAUAGAGGCAUUAAGACAAGAAAUGGCUGAGUCAGAGAAACAGCAUAAAUUGAAAAUAAAGGAGCUUAAAGAAGAAAUUACUGAAAAGUGCAACAAAGAAAAGACAGAACUAGAAUCAAACUUUUCAAAACAGAUAGAGGAACUGAAAGCUUCCAAUGCAAGCACAAUGAAAGCAUACGAAGAACAAAUAGCUGGAAUCAAAGAGAAAUACGAGAAGAAAUUGGCAGAUUUAGAAGCCGCCAUGGAGAGUCAUGAGGAAAAGUACAAAGAGAAGAUUCAAGGUUUAAGGGAAGAGUUGUCUAACAGUAUCGAUAAGUAUGAACAGCUCAUAAAAGACACCAAGAAAGAACUGCGACAAAAAUAUGAGAAGGAAAAGGAAGACGCGGAAAAGGAAUUUGCUGAUGAAAGAAAUCAGUUAACCGAAACUCACGAACAAACUGUAACUGAGUACGAAAAGAAAAUAACCGAUUUGCAAGAUGACCUGAAAUUAAAACUGGACAAACUAAGGGAAGAAAAAGAAGCCUUAAAAGAGAUUCAUUCAAGGAAAGAAGAAGAACUGACCAAAAAAUGUACAACAAUAGAAGAGACCUACAAGGCUAAAAUCACAGAAAUUAAAACCACCUUAAAAGAGAAGUGUGACAAAGAAAAGAGCGAG